ACAAUGCUCAAGGACGACUCCUUGCUACUCAUACCAAAUGUAUUGAAGGUGUUCUUGGAGAAUGGACAGAUUAAGUCCUUUACAUUUGAUAGCCGUACCACUGUUAGGGAUGUGAUCUCCUCCCUGCAGGACCGCCUCUCACUCCGCUACAUUGAGCACUUUGCCUUGGUGCUGGAGGCAGGUGGUCUGGACCAGAAUCAGAGGCUGCAUCUGCUGCAGGAGAACCAGCCUCUGACACAUGUGGUGCAUAGAACCUAUUUCCAAGGGAUGAAGUGUCUGUUCCGCAUCUGCUUCUUCCCCAAGGACCCUGCAGACCUGCUAAGAAGGGACCCAGCUGCUUUUGAGUACCUCUAUAUACAGAAUCGCAAUGACGUAAUCAAGGAGCGCUUUGGCAUGGAUUGGAAAUCUGACAUCACGUUACGAUUGGCGGCGCUCCAUAUCUACAUCACUGUGUCCUCCGCAAGGCCUAAUCAGAAGAUGUCUCUCAAGCAUGUAGAAAAAGAGUGGGGACUAGAGCCUUUCCUUCCCCUCACUCUGCUUCCAACAGUGAAGGAGAAGAAUGUGUGUAAGAGCCUGUCUCAGUUGCUGAAGACUUACCAGCAUCCACCACCGUCAGGCAACAAGGUCCCUCCUCUCCAAGGGAAGCUGCAGUACAUGCGAGUACUCAAUGACCUCCCACCUUUUGGAGGAAUACUGUUCCACACUGUUGGACUGGAUGAGAAACAAUCAGCUACAACACUACUGGUGGGUCCUCGACAUGGUAUUAGUCAUGUGAUUGACCUGAAAAACAACCUCACAACAGUUCUGGCCGAGUUCAGCAGGGUUGCCAAGAUUCAGCUCUAUCGAGAGAGCCAGGGAGUGGCUCGUGUGGAGGUGACAAUACAUGAGGCCAAGCCCCUGGUCUUACUCAUGGAAUGGCCUGAUGCCAGUAACUUUGCGUGCCUCAUCUCUGGCUACUACAAGCUGUUCGUAGACCCUAAAAGGACCAUCUACUUCCGGACCCCUGGUCAGUCUCAGCUGACCAAGGCAGAUUACAGAAGCUCCCACCAUGCCCACCCACGUUCUGGGGCAACCGGCAUGCCAAGUGGAGGGCGACGAGGGGACGAGAGGGAAAGCUCGCACAGAGAGUCAGGGUCUUCAAGGGCCAUAGUUCCUGCAGAGUCUCAGCAUCUAGGCCUGUGUCAUGUCCACCUUCAAGAACAACAACAAUUUCAGGAGCUCCAAAUACACGCUGAGGCUGAACUUGACAUAAAUGAGAACUUUAUUUCUCAAGAGCCCCCUGGGCGACCCCGCACCAAGUCAGAUCCCACACAGCAGAGUACAGAGGAAAUUGCUGGGGUUUCAGAGGGCACACCAGUGGAGAAUGCAGGAUUUAGAAUCCGAGCACUAACACUUGGUUUAUCCCAGAAAACCUCACGAUACUUCUGUGACUCUUGCAAAGCUAGGCACAGGGCAGAGGGUCUAUCAACAGCAGUGAACAGUAGUGGUAGCUCGGGGAAAUACUGCUCCAGUGCUUGUGCCUCCCGAGAUGGAGGCGCUGUUGAUCUCAUGGCCUUACCGCCCCCCGGAAAUGAAGAGGAGGAUGAGGAGGAGGCAGAUGAUGCAGGAGCAAAGCUGCAACCACCACCACCUGCUAUUGCUGCCCCGCCACCCGGCUUCAGGGACAACAGUUCAGAUGAGGAUGACCCAAAGAGAGGAAGGAAGGCUCGAAACAGUGCCAGCCAAGGAGUCACCUCUGGGAAGCUGUCCCAAACCAAGGAAGAUGUGCCUGUGACACUGAUUGAUAACGUAGCCACGAGAACAGUCAGAGAUCAUGCCCAGGAGCUUGAUGAUGCUCUGGUGUCCACCUUACAGGCACUGGAGGCUUUGGCAGCUUCUGAGGACUACCCCCAUCACCCCCAACAGCCAACACAGACUGCAGGGCUGAUUGUCUUAGCUGCCAUUACACCUGAGUCAUCAUUGGACUCAGGCCAUGAGACCAACUCCUCUGAAUUGACAGAUGUUUCUGAAAUGGUGUCGGCUAUGAAACAAAACCAGAACCAGGCCUACCUGCUGGCUCACCAUAUCAACAAGGAACGUAUCCUCUGCCGCCGUGACUUUCCCCUGGCUAUCCCUGGUUGCACUGCAAAAACCAUAGGGACUGGGGCCUUCUCUGUGGGUCAGAUUCGUGCUGGCUGUCCACCCAAGCAAGUAAUCCUCAGCAAGACUGUUCCCUUUAAAGUUAGCCCUAGUCAAGACUCUGCAAUACUCAGUGUUGUAACAGAGCAGGGAGGCAAUCAAGACAUCACUCAGACUGAGCAGAAAGCAGAAAUGAAAGCAAACUCUGUGUCCACCAAAGCAAACACUCCUGAUCCCCCUUCUAAGUCACCUGAGGAACUUAAAGUGUCUGAUGAUUCACUGACAGCUCAAGUGAGUAGAGAUCAGAAAUUAUCAAAUUAUUCUGGGGAGACACUGAGUCAAAAUGUUUCUGAGGACAUAAAGGGGAAGACAACAGCACCUCAUAACACAGACCCUAGCAUCAAAGCCUUACCUAUCCUCUUGCCUGUGGACAGAACUGCCUCUGCCAAGAUUUCCCCUACUAUUAUGUGCCAAGAUGCCGAGACUGCCUCUAGUGAGACCAUGAAGCCUUCAAGCUCAACAGAACUGCUGCCAGUUGACGACCUUUUCUGCACAUGCCCAGUGCAACAGGAGCCAGGGCCUCAGUUAAGAAUAAAAGAUCCACAGGUUCAGAAGGUAGUGGUGUUUCAGUCCUCCUCCCCCACAGAUGAUGAGCGCCUUCGUGCCAAAGGCCUUCAGCUGGCUAACAGUAAAGAAAAUGCAGUGAGAGUAGGAGCAGAUCCUAGUUUGUCAAAACCCAGCCCUCAAAUACAAAAAAAGUAUUCCCCUCGUUUGCCAGUAAAAUCAGAGAGAAAAGAGGAGGCUGAAAGCAAGACUGAGGGUGCCCAGGGAAAAUCCCAUCCUGAUUCACAAAAAUGCCCCAUAAAAUCAUUACCUAUUUUAGAUGACCCAACAACACCUAGCCCCGCUAUAGAUAAGGUCUCUACUCUCCCAGCCAGAGAUUCAAAGAAACAAGGCAGUGGUAAGGGGAAGUCCCAGCGCAGUGCCCCUUUCUUGAGCUUUAGAAACCUUCUUUCAGCUACAUUUCCAGCAAGAAUGCGAAGAGAAACAGAUGAGCGAAGGGCUCAGUUGCAGAAAGUCCGACAGUAUGAACUAGAGUUUUUAGAGGAGCUGCUGAAACCCAAGUCAUCCCAGGGGGAGUUUAUGCCCCAGGGAUCCUCACCUGUGCCCUCAGGCACUCCUUGUGCCUGCCAGCUCCGCACCAGCCCUGUCCUAAAGGCACCAGGUAUCUCCAGGGAGCAGCGACGCAGCUGUGACUGUAAGAGAAUGGGUAGGGGCAUGCGACUACCUGACACACCAGUUGGCUCCACAACAGAGGCACAGCACAGAGGCAGAGAGAGAACUAUCUCGAAGACCCCUCCAGCAGUCUCCAAAGCCCCUCACACCCAAGGUGCUACAAGGAGACCUCAGACCUUAGAGAUCAAGACAACACGAAUACGUUCUACCAGCCUUGAGUCAAGAGAGCCAAGGGGUGAGCAUGGCUCCUGCUUGCCGACCUGUACUUCACAAACAGAUUGCAUGGGAGCACCACAAUAUAAGAAGCUCCAGAGGCGAUACAGCAUUGGAGAACUGGAUAACAGCACUAGCUUACCUGUUUAUGCUGAGGUGAAGCCCAAAGCCAAGAGUCUUGAGAAGGAGAUGGAGAGAGUAAGGGCGACAGGACUGAGGCUCCCCACCCCCAUCGAGCCAGUGCACACACAGUCUCACCAGGCAGAGGGGAAGGGAAAAAAGGGUGUGUUUUUUAUUCAGGGAGAGGAGCUACUGCGUGAAAGUAAAGAAGGGACUGGGGAAGUGCUGCUGACCUUGCCUAGUGAAGACAGUGAUGAAAAGGAUAAAUGCUGCUCAUUCUGUUUCUGCUACAGGAAGUGUGAGGCAGCUGAUGAAAGUAGUGAGAAGGAUGAGCUCUCAUACUCCAUACCUCUUCAGGUCCUUCCAGGCAUGGAGCUGGAUCCACAUACUUUUCCUGUGGUAAGCAAAACACUCCAGGUUCUUAAUGCAGAGGACUGCAGCGGAGAGGAAGAGGAGGAGGAGGAGGAGGAGGAGCCACAGACACAAGAGAUUGACCUAAGAGCCUGUGGUACAUUGGAAGGGAGCCUGGCACGGGUACAGGCUCUUCAGGGGAAAACUUUCAGCUUACCUGAUGGUUUCCUAAAUGCCCAGUUGGAUGCUAAUGAGUUGCUAGCAAUCCUGCGUCAGUGUGCUAACAGCCCACAAGCUGAGGGUGAGGCUCGUCUUCAGCCCUCACGGAUUGCAGAAUACAAACAAGAGCUGGCAGUGCGCUUCAAAGAAUUCAGAGCAUCAUGUCGGCGAGUGGCAAGUGUUGAAAAAAGCCCAACACGAAUGCUUGCUGUUGUCACAGCUAGCUUUCAAGUGUUGUGUGAACUAACUCAAACCUUCAUCAAAUUGGUCAGAGGAGUUCGUUCAGAAACCCAAAGGCUGCAGCUGUUGAGAAAAGUUGAGGAAGUAGCUAUCAACUAUACCUUGCUUCUGCGUGCAGCAGAAGAAUCAAUGGGACACUCAAGCAGCCUGCCGACAAAGACAAUGAGUCCUCAAGUUUCCUCUAACACCAAUAACAUGAGCUCACUCACUCGACCCAUCAAAACUCUUCCUGCCCAGUCAAAAUAAAUCUGGCAGGGAUGUAAUCAAAACAACCCUGAAUGUGGGUGG